CGGUGCUGCGCGGGCGCGUUGGUUCAAAUGCGAUGGCGGCUGAGGCGGCUUAGGGCUGAGGGACCUCCGCCCGAUCCCUUCGCUCUCCCGCUACUGCCUUGGCGGGAUGUCUGCGCACAGGAGAGACCCCGGCACCGCGGCGGCGGGCGGACAAGGGCCUGUAGCUAAGCGGAAAGGAGGAAGAACGGUGCAGUCUCGUUACCUGCAGUACGACAAGAAGAACACCGAGAAGGGUGCUUCAGCAAGUUCCUCUUCAUUGUGUGCUGCCCCACCAUCUUCUGCAGCUAAACCAAAAUCAGUUCUUUCUCAGAAACAUGAAACUUCUGUUGGUGUUGGCCAUAGCUUAAGCCAGAGUAUCUUUGAGAAUGGUGACUUGCAGUCCACCUUAUUAGAUGAAGAAACAAUUAAAAGACCGGACCUUGAUCUCUCAGCUAUUAAUGAUAAAACUGUCCACAAGAAGAGUGAUUGUUCAGAAUCAGCUGAAGAAGGAGAUGCAUGGACACAGACAGAGAAAACUGGAGCAGAAACUGAUUCCAGUGAUUCAAUGACAGAGCUGGAAUCUGAGACACUACUUUUAACUUACUUAAGAAUAGAGACAGGAAAAAAUCUUGCCAAGCUGGAGGAAAAGGCAGAAAAAAACUUGAUGAUGUUGUCUGAAGAAAAGCAGAGACAACAGGAGAAGCUCUUGGAGUUGAAACGUGAAAUUCUGCUUAAAGAGAGAGAGCAGAAGCUCAGUGAAGCAUUAGACAAACAGAUUGAAGUGCUGUCUCCCCUUGUUCCUGUCUGUGAACAGUUUCAAAAGCAAUAUAAAAGCUUUGCAGCUUCCCUGGAUGCCACUAGACAUGAAUUACCCAUAAAGAACAUUCACAUAGAAGGAGAUAAGCAAGCAUAUCUUGAUGAACUGGGAAAGCAAUUAAAGAUCACAUGGGAGCUUCUGACAGAAAUUAUGCCAAGACACUCAGAAGACUGUGCAAAAGCACUUACUGCCCUGAAAGAGCUUAAAGAAGUGUCUCAGAAACUGGAUAAAGAGCUUCAAAGGAGCUUCAGAGAAGUGCAGAACCUGUCGUUUGAAGUCAGUAAAGAAGUUUCUCUGCAUAACCAAAGUGCAUGUGAAGAGAAGCACGGGCUAGAUGUUGUGAAACGCUGGUAUUUCAACUAAGUUUCUGUAUAAUUUUACUGCUGGAGAUGCCUGUUUUCCUGGAAGGAGGAUCAGUCUGGUUUCCACCACUGUGGACUGAUGCAUUCUCUGUCAAGCCUUUAUCCUGGGGAACUUCCAAGAGUGUGGCAAAGCCUGGGACGUUUGUUUUGCAGUUAUCGGUUUCUGUAUUUGCUAUCUCUGUUUGGCUCUCCCAGAAACACAAAGGGAGAACUAAACUGGGAGUUAAAGAAUGGAUGUGGCUUUUUUACCAUGAAUAUAAUACUAUAAAAAUUAAUUAAGGCUUUAUUCUUGUCUGGUGCUAUGUAAUGACUGAGACAAACAUUUUUCCAUUGGGGAGUGGGGACAAAUGAUUCUGGAAACUGAGGACUUGUUCUUUAUUUCUCGCCCACCUUCUACUGAAAUCUAGUGCUUACAGGACUUAACACAAAGCUGAAUAAGUAAUAGCCUUGGGUUUAGUACAGUAUCUUUUCUGUGCACAAUUUACAUAUAUACUCUCAAAAUCUUUAAAUAAGUAUUACCUUUUAUAGAUCUGAUCUGAUCAUCUAUGUGACAGGUUGGUGACAGCAGUUAUGCUGAGGCUUAACAAGGGUUAAUUAUUAAUGGGGUGGUCCUACCACUUGAUUCUUGGGAGUAAUCUCACUGAUUUGAAUUUUGCAAUUGGAGGGGGGAUCCAAAAGGAUUCACAGCACUCAAAAAUUAACAUUUUUUGUUUGACAAAUAUCUGUCUGAUAAUUUUCACAUUGCAUAGUUUAUUUAUGAUGUAGAUGGGACAUCGGGGCGAUAAUUUCUUCUGUAGAGAAGUGAUAAGAUUGUACAAGGGGUCAGGAUUAGAUCUAGUCAGAACCAAUAUAGGUGUAUUCGCAGCUUCUUCUCUUAACUGCUGUCCCUCCCUCACCUUUCUGACACCAGUAUGGCCCCACAUGUUUUCAAGUGCCUGAGAUUCCUCAAACUUCAUGAGGAGCAGAAUUACGCAUUCAGUAAACGAAUAAAAAUCCUAGCUAUGCACAGUGGGUGAAUAUGACCCAUG